UUGUCAAAUAUUGAAGUUGAGGUUUACCUACUUCAAUGAAGAAUUCUUUGAGAAUUGGACGAAAUGGAUACUAGUUUUACUUUAUAAAUGUGAAAAGAGACAGAAGAAAGAGUUGCCGAAUACAACAAACAGAUUUCCUUGAAACCGAGAAUUCCCCGACCUCCGAAUGCGUUCAUGAUUUACGCCAAUGAGAACAGGAAGAUCAUGUCGCAACAGUUUCCAGCGGAUUCCAACAAGGAAAUCAGCAAGAAGUUGGGGAGCACUUGGAAAAAUUUGAACCCAGAGGAGAAGAUGAAAUAUUUUGACAAGGCUCGGGCUGUUGAUAUGGAACACAAGAGGAAGUAUCCAGAUUACGUGUACAACCCGAAAGAGGCGCGGAUCCGGAAGGCGAUGCGAGAAGCUAGCAGAGACCGUUCGAUCGGUGGUUCCCCGAUGCUACCCAGGCCGAACGCGCGCAGGCCGCCGCCGCACGGGUGGGUGCCGCCAGGGGCGGCGCACGAGGAACUCAUGAUGACACCCUUACCAGCCGGUAUGAGUGGCUCCUCUGGUUUGGACGCGCCGUGUUUUCCUAUGCCUAGUUCUUCCGGUACCGGAACCAAUCAAUUUAUGCCAACGAUGAACUCCGGCUAUUCCACCAAACUACAUCAAGAUGCGCCUUUGCCACCGCCGACGACGGAUCCUUCAGUGCACUCGAAUUACAUGCAGCCUAAUCCUCUAAGUCAACUGCAACAGCAGACGGAAAUGUGGCACAACUUCCAGGAUGACCUGAGGCCAAGGUCUUCAGGAAACCCAUACAUGAUGCAAGAUAUCCCUCCAUCCCCCUACCACCACCAACCUUCUCCUCCUCUCAGCGUACCCAGCCCCCUGAUGAUGGACAAACAUCGACAGACUCCUCAUCCCAUCCACUCGAUGAGCAACACCUCCAUGCCGAUAACACCUCCUCACAGUAAUUCGAACAUGUCGAUGACGCCGCCGCAUUCCAACGAGAACAUCCCCCCCGAUGAAUCCACGCAAAUCUCGGUGGGCAAAAUGUUUGCUGAAGACGGAUGUUUAGAGACGAGACCUGUGACCGAAUUGCCACAUCCUUUGAUGGAGAACAACGUUCAGCAACACCCAGAGUUCAUGCCGAUGUACGGACAAGAAGGGGCUGCUGCAGCGCAGCAACAGUACAGUCAGCAACAGCAACAUCAGCAUCAGCAACCCCAGCAACGGCAGUUCAAUCAUCAGCAACAAAGUCACUCGCAACGUCAGCCACGGCAGCAACGGCAGAAUUUCGACAGAGUAGAAGAGAUGCAGAUGAAGAGGCCUGCAGUGUCAUCUCCGGCGGCUGCGCCAAUCAGGGCCGCCUCUGCCCUUUCGAAGAAGCCAUCGCCAAAACCUCUCCCGGAUUUCAACGAAGCCUUCGGUUCAACGGAGCGGGGUCGAUUCCAGAGCCCCCCCGAUCCGAGGCUGGUUCCAAAUGAGGGCUUGCUCGACCUCUUCUACGAGGACGGCCCCCAAAUGAAAUUCGAAGAUUUCCAAAUGUAAAUUGUUUGGUAUAUUUUAUUGAUCGCUUUUUGGCGGUCGUUAUUUUUCACUUGUUAUUGUA